UGACACGCUGUGACAGGCGCGUCCAGAAUAUAAGUCACGGACGCGUCCAUUUCGUUCUUGCCACCGUCUCCUCUCCUCAUCCCACCUUACUCACAUACCCCGUUACAAUGCUUGAAGCCAAACUAGAACAGGCUGCUAUUCUCAAGCGUCUCCUCGAUGCUAUCAAAGAACUGGUCGCAGACGCGAACUUUGAGUGUACCGAGGAGGGCAUCACACUCCAAGCUAUGGAUAACUCCCACGUCGCGCUUGUCUCCGUCCUCCUAAAAGAGGACGGUUUUGAAGAAUACAGAUGCGACAGGCCAAUGCCUCUUGGUGUUAACCUUACAUCCCUUACAAAGGUUCUCAAAUGUGCCAAAGACGAUGAUGUCUGUACCCUCAAGGCAGGCGGUGAUGGCGCAGAUACACUCAGUCUCACCUACGAGGCAAGAAACUCGGAUCGUAUUGCUGAAUACGACCUCAAGCUCAUGGACAUCGACUCCGACAAACUCGGUAUUCCAGAGACCGACUAUGACGCACGCGUCACAAUGCCCUCCUCUGAAUUCAGUCGUAUCGUUCGCGACCUGUCCCAACUGGGCGAGUCAGUCCGGAUCGAGAUCACCAAGGAAGGUGUUAGAUUCACUAGCGAAGGUGAAGCUGCCAAUGGUAGCGUCCUCCUAAAGCAGAGCGAAGCCAUUGGUCGCGUGCCGAAGAAGGAGGCAGAUGAAGAAGAAGAAGAGGACGAGGAGAAGGGUGAUGAAGACGAAGAUGAGGAUGAGGACAAGCCGAAGAAAAUCAAAAAGGAGAAGAAAAAGGUCAAGAAGGAAGACGGUGAUGUGGAGAUGAACGGGGACGAGGAGGAUGGCGAGGAUGAGUACAAGGGUGGUAGCGAUGACGAGGGUGAAGAGGAGCAAGAAGAGGAUGAAUCGCCAUCCAAGAAGCGGAAGCGGCCUUCAUCGUCUAAAGCAAAGGGCAAGAAGAAGGCUAAGCGAUCGAAAGACGACGAAGCGGAAGAGCUUCCCGACGGCGUUCGCAUCGAGAUGAACCAAGCCGUCAACCUCACCUUCAGCUUGAAGUACCUCGUCAACUUCUCAAAGAGCUCGAGCUUGUCGAGCAUCGUACAACUAAUGCUGAGCAAUGAUGUACCACUUCUCGUAUCGUACGAGUUUGGCCAAGGCCACAUUCGCUACUACCUUGCACCCAAAAUUGGUGACGAGUAAACGCCGUCGUUACUCGAUCUACCUCAUCAUAUUUUUAUUCUCUCCCCGCUUGCAAUAAUCGUUGUCUCCCCAUUGUUGUGUAUGUUGUGUAUAUCUUGUGUUGAUGUAUUCUGUUAACAAUCUAUCUUUACUUCCCGCCGGUUUUGCAACAUCUGAGACGCUGCGCCACAUCUCUUUGAGACUUACGAGUUGUAUGGAUACACCGGAUUCAAGAAAUGAUGAUACAAACACAAUACUACUAUACAGUAGGAUACUUCAGUGAACGGAAUGACAUUCACUCCGAGUCUUCC